AUGGGAGAAAAUGCGGGUUUGAUUCUAGAGGCAAAAUCGGAGAUCGUCUCUGAUUAUUCCCCUUUCGAUUACUUGCCGGAGGACUGUAUCUCUAAGAUAAUCUCCUUCACGAGUCCACGGGACGCCUGCGUCGUCGCGUCGGUUUCGAAAACCUUUGAAUCGGCGGCCAAGUCAGAUAUUGUAUGGGAUAAGUUUGUUCCGCCGGAAUAUGCGUCUCUGGUUCCUCGAUCGCGAGUUUUCUCAUCGAAGAAGGAGCUCUAUUUCGCUUUAUGCGACGAUCCUGUUCUAAUCGACGAUGGCAAAAAGAGCUUCUGGUUAGAGAAAGCGAGUGGGAAGAGGUGUAUCAUGGUAUCAGCGAUGACUCUCUCGAUCACAUGGGGAGAUAAUCCUCAGUAUUGGCAAUGGAUUCCAUGUCCUGAAGCUAGAUUCGAAAGAGUUGCUGAACUUAUCGCUGUAUGUUGGUUCGAGAUCCGUGGCAGGACAAAUACAGUCCUAUCUCCAAGAACUUUUUACUCGGCUUACAUUGUGUUCAAGAAAACGGAACAGUGUAAUGGCUUUGAGGAUGUGGGCAUAGAAGCUGUAGUUGGAGUGACAGCCUCUAGAAGAAGACUCGUAUGCUUUGAUACGGCUAUGGAUGAGCAGCUUCCAAUAAGAAGGAGGCAAAGAAGGAGGAACAUAGUGAAACCAGAGGAGAGGGAAGAUGGUUGGAUGGAGGUAGAGCUUGGGGAGUUUUUCAAUGUAGGAGGAGGAUUGUCUAGUGAUGAAAUUGAGAUGAGUGCUUUACAGACUAAGUUGCUGCAUUGGAAGAGUGGCUUGAUCAUCCAAGGAAUUGAAUUCCGUCCAACCAAAAGCCAGUAAAGUGAUGCACUUGUUUUUACUUGAUUUUACCGCUGAUCGAUUGAGUGAAGAGGUAAGUUCCGAUGUUUCCAUGUUGGUAUAUGUAAACCGGUUUUCUGCAGUGGAAGAACGGCUUGAUGAUUCUAGUUAUGAUUUGGUAUGAGUCUAAUGUCUAAGUAAAGUUAAAAACGUUGUUGUAUAAAAUCGUGGAAAAUAAUCUUGUAGCAUGAGCGACCUGUAAAAAGCUGGUAAAAGCGAUAUGACAUCAUGGAAGAUCGUUUGGGAGGAUUCU